AUUCGAUAAUGCACAAUCAUCUUCAUCCAAUGCCUUGAACAUCAGCCAUCCAUUAUAGCGUCAUUUAUUCAUUCGUUUUAUCAUCCAUCUGCAUCUCCAACACCGCAUUCGCCUCCCACCACAAGUCAGAGGUCAUGCUCAAUGACCAACUCAUCUUUUUCAUGACAAGACACGAGAUUUCACGAAGCAUAUCAAUCAAGUGAAGAGAGCAACGAGACAACCCAACAGCCAUGGAGGCCAUCACAGGGCAACAUUUCUUCUUCCACGACCAGCCGGAACACGCUGCCGAAAAAGACUCUUGCCACUUCUGCCAGCUCCGCGCCUUUCCCAUUCACCAAACCACCCCCGUCACCAUCGUCAAUGCCAAGGACCAGGCCGUCAUCCCGCCCAACUUCCGCUUCAUAGACCGCAUGGUCCUGGGCCAGGGCGUGGAGCCAGCUGAGGAUAGUUUCCGCAGCGGAUGCUCAUGUGAAAGCGACAGCGAGUGCCAGUACAUGGGAUGUCUCUGCCUCGCCGACCUAGGGGAGGAAGAGGGCAGCAGCAGCGAUGAAGACGAGGACAUUCACGCGAAUGGAGCCAAUGGUGAUGGACCAGAAGCAGGGCGGAAGGACAAGGUCAAGCAGAAGAGAAAGGCCUAUGCCUAUCACACCCACGGGGCUAAAGCAGGGCUUUUACGGUCCAAGAUGCUCAACUCCAAGGAGCCGCUGUACGAGUGCCACGCGGGCUGCUCAUGCUCCAAAGACUGCCCCAACAGGGUCGUCGAACGCGGGCGAACCAUUCCGCUGCAAAUCUUUCGUACCGACGACAGAGGAUGGGGAGUCCGCACCCAAGUGGCCAUCAAAAAGGGCCAGUUCGUCGACCGCUACCUCGGCGAAAUCAUCACCUCCGCCGAAGCCGACCGCCGCCGCGCCGCCUCCGCCGUCUCCAAGCGCAAGGACGUCUACCUCUUCGCCCUCGACAAGUUCACCCACCCGGAGUCGCUGGACCCGCGCCUCAAGGGCCCGCCGCUCGAGGUCGACGGCGAGUUCCUCUCGGGCCCGACGCGCUUCAUCAACCACUCGUGCGAGCCCAACCUGCGCAUCUUUGCGCGCGUGGGCGACCACGCUGACAAGCACAUUCACGACCUUGCGCUGUUUGCGAUUCGCGAUAUUCCGAGGGGGGAGGAGUUGACGUUUGAUUAUGUUGAUGGGGUGACGGAGGAUGGGGGCGGGAUGGAGGGUGCGAGUGCGGGGGAUAUGGCAAAGUGUUUGUGCAAGAGCCGGAAAUGUAGGGGAUACUUGUGGUGAAUCUGUCCAUUUUUCCUUUCUCAUCGCUUUUAUUUCUUUAUUUAAAGCUAAACACAUAGGCAAAUGUGCCUUUCCAUCUGUGACGGAUAGAUAUAGAUACGCGGUGAAUGUAUCCCGUAGGGCAUGGUCAACUUCUACACGAGGCCGAACAAAAGCAGCACAAGUAUCCGUCCGUAUCCUGAGAUUUUCAACUAUUAAAACGGCAAUCUGCAGAAUAUUCUUGUUACGGGACACACGCCAAUAAUUAAAGUUCA